GGAGGGGGCAUCAGGUUUGGGAUGGGGUCCUGGGGCUUGUUGGGGGGGCGCUUAGUGUCCCAAGGGAGGGGGCGUUAAGGUGCUGUAGGAGCCCAGUAAGGGGGGGCAGCAGCACUGGUUUGUACUGGUGGGCGGCUGGGGUGCGCUGCUGGCCUGUAAAAGGGUGGGGGGAGCCGUCAGGGUAUGGGGAUGCUGCAGGAUUGGGGGGUUCUGGGGGGCUCCGAGGUGAGAGCAUCGCGGAUCGUCCAAAAAUAACAAUAAAAAAUGGUUGAGAUCGAGGGUAGAAAGGGAAACGCUUCAUUUUCUUGAGUCUCCAUCUCUGGAGAAACCCAAAACCCGCCGGGAUGCCAUCCUGAGUGAUGUGCUCAGGGUGACCCGGCGAUAUCCAGAGCUCCCUGCCAACCCCAACCAGGCUGAUUCUGCGAAAAGGGACCUGCUGUUGUGUGAUUUAGGGGCGAAAAGGUAUUGGGAAUCAAUACCCAUCAGUUCCCUGGGUAUAACGUCCUAGGGACCGUGCGGUGCCGUGACAGCCCCGGGGAGGACGUCGGCCCUGCAGGACACGAGGAGGCUGCUGUGGAACCGGAUUGUGCGUCGGUGCCUCGGGGCUUGGAGCAGAUCCUGGAGGACAUCCGUAACGUGGACACAGAGGAGAGCAGGCAGCAUUGGUACCACGGUGAGCGUGGAAGCUAGCAGGGCAAGCAUCUGUGCCAGGGUCUCAGUGCUUUCUGUGGCCCUGGGGAUAACCGAGAGAGGACUGAUGCUGCAGUGAGGAGAAGUGGCAAUAUCACGCAGUCAGAGCACAAGUGUUAACUGAGGGCAUCACCGUGCCAAGAGCAGGGCCUGUUGUAGAAGGAAAUCAGAUUGAUUUGCACUAUUUCUUCUUGACAAAUAAAGGAUACGUGAAGAACAAGCUGGAGCAAUCUCUGGAAUGUUAUUUUGGGCAACCAGUCCAAAGAUAACGACUAUUACAGAAGAAACGUGGGGCCCUAGCUAAACAGCCUGACGAUCGCAGACUUCUUUGAUUCCAAAAUAACUUAGGAGGGAAGAGGAGGAAAAACUAAUCAAAAAAGGUGAUGUGCCCAGACAGAUCCUGCAGUGCUUUUUUGAAGAUUAAUCUCCCAUUGAUAUAGACAGGAAUUUUGCCUGGCCAUUGGUGCUGACCAGACGCCAGAGAUUCCCCAUUUCACACAUCUAUGGCAUUUGCACCUCCUAGAAACAUGAAUGGCCCCAAGCUACAAACCAAGAUGAGCACGUGGACUCCACUGAACCAUCAACUCAUGAAUGACAAGGUAUUUGAAGAAAGAAGAGCCCUGCUUGGAAAAUGGUUUGACAAGUGGACAGAUGGUCAGAGGCGGAAGAUCCUGGUGGACCUGUUGGAACGCUGCUCCCUGUCACAGCAGAAAUUCUGUGCCAAGCAGCUACAGGAUCGAGUUCCCACCGAAGCUCUAGAUUUCACCACCAGGCUCCCCAGAGUGCUGUCUUUGUACAUCUUUUCCUUCCUGGACCCACGGAGCCUCUGUCGAUGUGCACAGGUGAGCUGGCACUGGAAAUACCUGUCUGAACUGGAUCAGCUCUGGAUGCUGAAGUGCCUGCGUUUUGGCUGGUACAUCAACUUCUCUCCAACCCCCUUUGAGCAAGGAAUCUGGAAGAAACAUUACAUUGAGAUGGUGAAAGAGCUGUAUGUUACAAGACCAAAGACUCCUCCAAAGGACGAAUUUGUAGUUAUUGAUGUGCAACCGGUGAGAAGCAACAUCCCAGAGGCAAAACCUCCUGUACUAGGAAGGAGGACAAACAAGGAGAAAAAAGAGCUCCCGCCAUGGCGUUCAUCAGACAGACAUCCUACAGACACCAUCCGAUUCAACUACCUCGACAACUACGAUCCCAUCGAGCAGGCUAGGCAGGCGAGAAAGAAGGGAGGAGGAGAGACCCCAGACCUCAGCCGGCAGGCAGCUGAGAAAAAAAAGAGAGCAGGUCGUGGAUCUAAUAAGCUCCGGAAGGCAAAAUCACUGCUGUCACUUACUGCAGAUCUCGAGCCUGUUCCCAAACCACCGGUUCGUCCCAGCUGGGCCACUCACCCGUCAGCCGGGAACCUGCCCCCUAAAGCAGCAGCAAAGACCCUAGCCCAGAGCUCCCAGUGGAACGCCGGGAUACGGCCAGCGCCUGUUCGAGCCCCAGUGCCAAAGCCACGCGAAAGAGGGAAGAAAGACUUCACAAGGAUGAACGCCAGCUCUACACCAUCUCCACUGUUUGAGGCUCAGCCCUGGUGCAUUCCUCCAUCAAACCAAGGAUCUGAUACAGAGUAAGGGAGGAUCCAGUGUAUCUUCCAUCUUAGCAGAACAGAAGCUUAUCUGCCUGGCGUUGGGGAAACAACAGCAAUGUUGCCUGAGUCACAGGCUGUGCUUGGUGAAGAACAGCUGCUUUUGAGUCGUUUGCAAGGACCCAGUUUUAAUUUUUUUCAGCUCUUGCACUUGAAAAGACCUUCUUCAUUGACCUCACCACGUAAAGAAAUGAGCAUGAAGGUCCUGCAUCCAUUCUCACUUAGGCUGUCCAAAAGAAAACUUAACUGCCUUGCAGCCAGCUUAGAUAGCAAGGUGCUGGAGCAAUGACUUUGUAUUUUUUUGGAAGUACAGCAGCUGGUGCAAUGACUCCUUCCUGCCUUUGGAUCUCCAGGUGGGAUCUCCUGUUUCCAAGCUGGAGUCAGAAUGUUUUCCUGAUGUGUUUCUCAGCCUGGUUUCCUGUUGCUGCUGCUCUUGAACUGGUGCUAUAUCCUCUUUUUCUUCUGGGUACGUCAUCUCUGCAGAGUUCACCUAGACUUUUGACCACGCACAGAAAACCCUUGUGCAGAUCCCUGCUACGGUUGCUGGACCUCAAGGGUGCUGAGCUUGCCUGUGUGUCGCUCAGACACCUUGGGACACAUCCCACGGCCUGAGCUGCUCUGUGAUGCUUUCCCAGAGAAUGAUGCAAGUUGGCCUGCCUGUGAGCAGUGGAAAAGAAGCGAGGACUACCAGACACCUUCAUCCCCCCUACAAAGCAAGUGGUUUAUCACCAACAUUAAUAUGAUCCUUCAGCUGUAACCUACGGUCCCUGCCAAAUCAGCUGGACUGUGAAGGAAGCACCACAGAAUUUGAGGAAAAAGCCUUUAACAUGUGGAAGAAAAGAGGCUCAGGGAAAAUGCUUGAAGAAAACCCUUGUUAGUGUUGUACUGGAGACAGAACUUCUUUCUCUUGUUAAACAAGGCAAGCCCAUCAUAUCAAUCAUGUUAGUGAGAAUGUGUUAGUGAGAAUGAAAUCAAAUCCCACGCUCUGGAUUACAGCAUUGCACAUGACUCCUGCGGGGAGCUGACACUAGUUUAAUUAUUUAAGAGACUGUAAAUCAUGAGCUUUUAUUUGUCUUUUCUAUAAUUAAGGAAGUAUCCCGUAAAAUGUAAGGAAUAGGAGUUUUUAAGGAUAAGGGGACUGAAUGCACAGCAACUGCAACUCAUUGCCUUAGCAUAACCUAGACUGGGAUAAAGCUAAAACUUCCCAUACAUUAGGAUGAGCCACAGUACACCCAUGAAUUCUCAGCCUUUUUUAGACCAGAAACCACGCUUCAGAGCAAAUGCCACCUACUAAUUGACAAGGAUUAGGAGAAGCUUUCCCCUCUGUGAGCAGAUUAUUCUGUACUGUGUCACUUGAGGAUUUCAAGAUUUUUGGCAGAAGAGACACGGACAUUGGACGUUGUCAAGACCAGGCACUGGGCACAACGCACCAUGGAUCGUAACUGAAGGGACAGCCUCUGCCAGUAGACUCUGCUCCUCGGGUACUUGCUUAAACACCACAUUAAUCCUAACUCCCGAGCAAUGAUUAGCGCAUCUCCCUCUCCCUGUUUUUGUCCUUUCAUUCUUCUAGCUGCUCUGUAUGCUUGGAAGAGGCAGUUCAUCUCAACUAAAAUAACGGCCUGAGAGCUUAAGUCUAAGCAGGUCACCUCUGAAAUGAUUAGCUGAAAUGGGAACUUGCAGAUAGCAAUUAUCUCUUACAUCAUCAAUUACGCAAGAGACUGACUAAUUUCAAUUAAGAAAGCUAACUUUUGGGCACCAGAAAUCAGGUAGGAUAAAUCCCACCCAAAACAUUCAUCGACAUCCAUUCCCUGGUACUGCAAAUCUCUCCUCACAAACCUCUUCCCACAGAAAAUCGAGUUAAAUGGAUUGCUUCACGGAUGUUUAUGGCUUCUGAAGUCCGAACUGUUGCUCCAGCUUCCUUUUUGUUCCAGGCACUGGGUAGUUUCCUGGGCAGCAGUUCAGUGCUAGGUCUUUGUACCAAACAGCAAAUGGCUAUGCAAGGAAAUGAUGUAACCCUGCAUCAGUGGCUUUUCUUUUCUCACCAGUGAGCAUACUCACUCAAAGGGUAACAUUCCCAGGGUCUUGGAGAUGAGUGCUCAGGCAUUACUGCAGAUACUGUGCCUUUGCUGCAGCAAAUCAAGCAUUUUGAGUGCUCACUGUACAUCUUAAGGCCCAGGCUUCUCCGAUUUAUAACGCUUUUGUAUUUAUGAUGCCGUGAAAUAAUUAACAGCAACAUUGUCAAGGAAACUGCCGAGCCCAGUAGUCUAUCCUUGAAGUAACAGCAGACCUGUAUAACGAACGCCUUGAUGUAACUUCUACCAAUUAUAGUAUUAGAAUAAAAUACAUGUACUUGCAGCACACUUUAUAAACAUUCCUGAGGUUGCAGAAUAGGUCAGAAUCUGAAACAGAAAGAGUCAGAGAGACACACUCCCAGCCAUCUGCCUCUGCCUCUGUGCUGCUGGCUGGCCUCAGGCAAGCUGCAUCACCUUCCGCGCCCUGGGCUGCUGAUCUGCACGGGCAGAUGGUUAUUUACCCACCUUAUAACACGCCUCGAGAUGUGUGGAUAAGAAAUUGCUAAACAACUACAGAGGAAGGUUGUUAUGCCUGUGCCGUUCCUUGUAGAUGCUCAUUUCCCUGCACUGCUUGGUAUUUCCAGAUCCUGUACAACUCUGAUUAGCCGUAGCGUUUGAUUAAAGAAAUGAAAGUACCUUUUAAACCCCACAGGCCAAUGAAUCAGCACUGCUGCAUCUGAAUUCCACCAGUACAAGCAAGAUCAGAAUGUGAGCCCUAGGCUACAGCCCUGCUCAGAUGUGGUGAACAAACCCAAACAUGCCAGCCUCCUCUUACCCAAGGUUUACCAUCCAUUUCUGCCAAAAACUCCACCUGAAUUUACCUCAUGUUCCUUGCUGGGAGCAAUGGCAGAGUUUGGUACUGUAGUUUUUUAGCCCAAAUGAAGUUUUCCUAUUAUUGUUCUUCUGAGCUCAAGACAGAGCCUUGUUUGGGAGAAGGAAUAUGCGUAGCUGAAGAUGAUAGGAGUUGCAGGUGGGAGCACAGUUAGAUUAAAACCAAGGAUUUUUUGGAGACAUCCAACUCGUGUGGCAGCACGAGGGUUGUAACAGGUUAAGAGACGGCUACAGAAAGCACGGAGACCUUGCGGCAAAUGGAAAGUAGCUGAUGAUAGUAGCUACGUGUAAGAUAAAAAGUUGCUGUAAUAGGUAGAUGAAGCUGAUAACAGAUGGGGAGCACAGCUCAGCUCACGUAACAAAGGGACGGGGAGGUGAGCAGUCAGUGUGUAGGGCUGUGUUGGUGGGCGUAAGUGCUAAGAGAAGGGAGAGGGUUAUGAAAAUCAGCUUGAAAUCAAUUGCCUUGUCUCAGCUGGCACGCUUGCACUGCCUUACCGUGUGUCUAGCACAGACAUCCUACCUCUCAUAUGCUCGUGUCCUCUUUUAGGGGAUGAACUCAAACAACAGAGACAUCCCAGGCCUCCUCCAGAUGGAUGCUUUGUAGUGUGUGCACCCCCAAAUAAUUCAGGGGAAGGAACUGCUUUCGUGUCCCAGCCAGCCCAAAGCAUGGGCUAGGCAAGCAGACAAACUCUGACAGUACAAUCGCAUCUGAAAUGUCCCCUGGUGUGCAGCAGCUACUGCAAUAGGUCUGAGAAAGGUGAUGGCAGGAGGUGCACACCUGGAUAGAUGCUUUCUAACCAUUUGCACAGCCCAUAUCCUGAGCACAACCACUCUCCAAACCACUCAUAAAUUGCUGGUUGGCACAGGAUGCUUGGGAGACCCCCUGGGAGGUAAACCCACUGGUACAGACAGGUCCAGGCAUUGCAGGGCACUCCCAGCACAACAGGGGGAAGGAAACUGAAUUUGGCUCUCCAAAAAGGCCUGAAGGCACCAAGAGAAUGGUAGCAACGGGAGCAGAUGGUCUAAGCUGCGUUUUCAACCUGUUCCAUCCUGGGAUCUUGCUUUGAACGGGCAGGAGGCUGCCAAACCCGCGAUGGGGAGGGCAGGAUGGUCUCACACACAUACAUUCUGCUACAAUCUACCUGCAAGACUGCGCAUGCUGACCUAAGGCACCAGGGCAGGCUCAGCUUGCUUCAUAAACCAACCCACACAGUGGUAACAGCCGACCCGCGGCAGUUUCUGUGUGCCCUCUUCCCUUCCUGCAAAUUUUGCUUCCUGUUCAGUCCCCAGAUGUUCACCAGCCGUAAGUGUGAUGCUGAAAAUCUUCCGGUCAGCCCCAAAUCAGGAGGUUUUCAAAUAAAGAUUCUU